GAAAUCAAAUUUUUUUUAAGUUUAUUUCAAAAAAAUAAGCAGCAUUAGCAAUAUUGAUAUAAUUGUUCUAAAUUUUAGCUUUUUGAGUGUUAGCACCGACACCCCUUACAAAUGUUACACAGUGGACGUGAGAAAAUGGGAGGAGACCACCGUCAAUGAUGAGUGACAGCUACGUUACCUACCUGCCAUUCAUGUUGCUUGUUAUGUGUGUUAUAAAGUCGUGUGUAAUAUUUUUGGUAUGAGUUACCCCCAUUUUCUUGCAUAACAAUUUUUGAGAAGAACACCGAAAUAGUAUUUUUGACAAUAUAAAUUUUUGUCAAUAUAGUUAGACGUUUGAUUAUUUAGUAUUUUGCACAUAACUGUAAGAUGAUAUAAACCAACUAAUGAAAAGUGGGAUGGUCGCGGCUUAUUUACGACAUGAAGGCUCGUCAUAAUAGGAGCGAUUGUUACCUGUCAAUCACACUCCCGGUGGCGGGAUGUUUGGAUGGAGGGUUUUACUUUUCACAGCGAAUUGAAGUGGAAGGAAAAUGCCUUGCAGCAUGACUUAUGCUGGAGAAGGAUGCCUGUGAUCAGUUAGCAGAUGUCCAUGGCCGGUCAUUUCAGCCAUGCAUGGGAGAGAAAAAUAGUGUAAUUUCAAAUAUAAAAAAAUUGUACAAUAAGUUUAUUUUCCAGUUAUGGAAGAUAAUAUAGAAAGAAAAUGCAGCAAAUGAAGUCAUUUCCUGAAAUAAUACUCUACACAAUUGUGGAAGAACAAUUAAUGGUCACAGAUAAAGGACAUUUUUUACAGUUCAUUCAGCAAGCUACGGAUUUAUCCUCUACCAAUUCUGCAUGCUAUAUAAGUGUGUCUGCCAACUGAGUCAAGCUCAGUGAUACAUGCGAGUGAGUGUUGGCGACAACUGCGAUCCUGAUGAAGAUAUCACUGUUCGGCUGGCAAGAAAGGCUUCUCUGCAGAAGAGACGAAGGUGCAAGACAGCAUCAGCGAUGCUGUGUGCUAGAAGAUGGGUGUGUAAUGCAAGACAGCAGCAUCAUGGUGACGCCGGGAUAUGAGCCAGCAGACACAGGAGGGGGCGUGGCCAUGACCACUGGUUCCAGAGUUCCCGGCUCUGGUUUUGGCCAGCCGGACCAGGCUCAGUUUGAAGCUGACAAAAGAUCUGUUUAUAAGCAUCCUUUGUUUCCUCUUCUAGCAUUGUUAUUUGAGAGAUGUGAACAAGCAACUCAAUCGGCAGAAUGUCCGAACUCCGAGAGCUUCAACAUAGAUAUCCAGGCCUUCGUGCAACACCAAGAACGAGAUAGAAAGCCAUUUUUACUCAACGACCCAGAAGUAGAUGGCUUAAUGAUCAAAGCAAUACAAGUUUUAAGAAUACACCUGCUUGAACUUGAAAAAGUGCAAGAAUUGUGCAAAGACUUUUGCAACCGUUACAUCACGUGUCUCAAGGGCAAGAUGCAAAGUGAGAACUUGUUACGCUCCGACUACAGUAACUAUGAGAAUAACAACAACAACCACCAUCAUCAUCACAACCAGUCCAACAACUGCCACUCGAGCAACAGCAACAGUCCUGCCGAGGGUUCGCAUUACGCUACGUCACCACAUUCGCUACAGGUGCUGUCCUGUGCAGGCGGUGUUGGCACGCAACAUGGCCAGGGAACUUUGUUAGUGCAAACGCCUAGUGCUGCCACUGCAGUCACCGACCAAGUGGCCUACCAGAUGGUGCAGACUCCUCAGGGCCUGUUGGCCACGCCUGUUCACCUGGCCUCGACACAGUCGUCUGAUGUCGCUCGACCAGCGUCUCCCGGCAUCGUGCACGGCAGCACUCCGCUGUCGCAAAUCGGAGCCAACCCUUGCCCUCCUCCGUCUGAGUCCACGUCUUCAAUACUUCAUAAUCAACUGUCUCCUGCCCCGACCACGCCUGGCUCAUUGGAUGAUGAUGAUGAAUUCUUGCGAGAUAAGAAGAAGCAGAAACGUGGUGUUCUUCCAAAACUUGCAACAAGUGUGAUGCGAUCAUGGCUUUUCCAACAUCUGGUGCAUCCCUACCCCACUGAGGAUGAGAAGCGCCAGAUUGCAUCCCAGACCAAUCUCACGCUUUUGCAAGUUAACAACUGGUUCAUCAAUGCCAGGCGACGCAUUUUGCAACCCAUGCUAGACGCAUCGAACCCUGCAACUGAACAGCCGGGAAACAACCAGCACAGCAAAAACAGCAGCGGGAAGAAAAGUAAAAGUCCAGGAACGGGGAGUAGCAAACAAGCAGCACAGCGGUUCUGGCCUGAGAACAUUGCAUCUCUGCAGCCUCAACUAAGUUUGUCGGAGUCAAACGGAACACAUGGUACGCACACUGAUUCUUCAUUGCUGAGCUCUGAAGAUAGUGAUGGCAGCAGUCAGGAAGAUGAGUUUGAGGAUGAUGAACGGUCCGGAGGCGGAAGUAUAAAAUUAGAGGGAAGUUCAGACUCUGAGCUCUCUCAGCAAUGACCCAUUUAUUCUUCUGCAACAUUGUGUGUUGGAAUUUAAAUUUUCAAAGCACGGUGUUACAUGAAAUAAAUGAAUUUUUUAUAAUCACUUGGUAAAUGGCAAGUCAAUUAGUGCAGCGUAUUUACUAAAAACAUAUAUGUACAUGUUUAACAGCAUUUUGAAGAGUGCUAUUGUUAUGUUGUUUUGUCUUCAUUGUGUAUUUAUUACAAAAGAUUUUCUUGUUAGUGUUGUGAUUCUGUCUGUAGUGUUAUUUUUCACUUACAGCUAGCAUUGCAUAGGCGAUAACAUACAUAAUGUGGAAAGUUGCAUUUUGUAUGUAGUAGGUGUUAAUAUAGCAUCUGUAGCAGAAUUGCUAUGAAGCAUCCAUCCCUUCGUGUUAAAAAGUAAUUUUGUACUAUCGAUUACCAUGUGUAUCAUAUGUCAUAUUUAUAUUCCAGAUGUUUCAUUGUUAUUUACAAUGGUAUACUACUAAUAACUGUGUAUUGAGUGUGUUACCACCGGAAUAAUAUGAUGAAGGAAUACAACGUAAAUCUGUUUUGUUUGAAGUAGUAAUGUACUAGCAAACAUUACAGAAUAUUCAUAGUGUUAUAUAAAUUACUCUGUAACAUAACUGUUGAGAAACAUAAACUGAAUAUGAAUACGUAAUUAAGUUUUAUAACAAGUCACGAAAUGACUAAGCCAUCAGUUAAAAUAAUACUCUUGGUAAUAUGUUAAAUGCAUUGAAGUAGAAUCACGUGAAUUCUAAGAUUAUGAUCUGCCAUGGUGCAUAGGAUAAAGUGCAUCUGUUCUUGUUCAUCUUGUCAUGUAGAGACUAGCUAGCUCAUGUAAUGUUUUCAGUAACAAAUUUUAACUAGUUCAGAACCCCUGGUCAGGAAUUAAGCAGGGCCUAUGUAAAAAUAGUGUAGAAAUCACGUUCAUUUAGUUGACAGUGUUUGGAAAAUAAGUGUUGGUAACAGUUUUAAAUUGUUUUUACUGGUUCUGCAUGAUUUUUAUCUCAAAUAAUUUUUGUGGUUUUACAUAAUAGUAUUGUAAAUUAUUCAUAAAAAGUGGUUAGAAAAUGUGAAUUUUCUAAUAAUUUCAGAUCAUGCUUUUUAUUCGGUGUAGAGAGAUAUUUUUUUUCAUGCCAAAUUUGUUACUAAAAGACUAUAUGAUUUAUUUUAUAAAUUGUACUAAGUGAAAAGUAAUUUAAAUCAAACCACAAUAUUUUGUUUUCACACUUGUAAGCUUUAUAGACACACUUCUAAACUGCCAAUACCUACAAGAAUACUCACGUAAGGUAAUAUGAAAAUAUUUUUUUAAUAUAUUUUAUGAUCCACUACAUUCCUUUAGUUCACUCAUGAGUCAUGACAUUUCUGACUAUGGCAGAAUAAUGUUUGAAAUAUUUUUGUACUCUAAUUAGCUCAUUGUACAUAUUAUGCUAAUUUUUGAAAAGUGUAGCUGUCAUUGUUAUUUAACAUUUUUUUUUCUAUGAACAGAUGUCUGGGUCAGGCAAUCAUAAACUGGUAACUAAAUACAUUUGUGCAUUUACCUUGUAUGUGUCCUUGGGCACGCUCCUUACAGUACUGUUUGUUCACCAAAAACCAGUCGGGGUGGAUGACACUCUGAUGCUUUUUCUAAUGGAUUUUCAUGUAGAUUUUGUCAGCUUAUUUUUGGUAAAUUAAAUUUUUUAAGCAUUAUGA